AUGUCUCAGGCCGGCCGAAAAGAUUUCACUGACAAGCUCUCCGAGGGCGUGACCCCCGACUCCCAGAAGUCCACUGGCGAGAAGCUCUCCGAGAAGGCCACCGACGCCUACGACAAGGUUGCCAACGCCGUUGAGCCCGAGUCCCAGAAGUCCACCACCCAGAAGGUCGGCGACAAGUUCGAGUCCGACACCUCCAAGGCCAAGUCCGACAUCUCCGACGAGAAGAACAAGCUCGAGAAGGAGGGCGAGUCUUACAUUGAUCAGGCCAAGGACUUCAUCAACUCCGGCAAGCCCCAGGAGUACGUUGACCAGGCCAAGGAGUCCAUCAACAACUUCCUUGGUGGAAACUCCGGCUCCACCGGCUCCACCGGCACCGGUGCUACCAAAUAA